AUGCACUCUUCAAACCACCGACUGCGAGAUAUGGAGCAGCACCACCCGCUGCUUUCUGCGGGUGGCGACGUCGAGUCAGGAGGCCUGACGGCCGGAGUGAUGGUCGGCAAUGCACAUGCGGACCACACGGUUGGGAAUCGGACGCUGUGGUUCAUCCAGGACAGCUGCGGAAUGGUGUGCGCUAGCAUGACCUGGUUCUUGGUGCUGUACGCCGAAUUUGUCGUCAACUUUGUCAUGCUGCUUCCCGCCAAGAACUUUUGGUAUUCUCUGCUCAACGGUGCCACUUUCAACGCUCUCGCCUUGCUUGCUCUGGCAUCACAUCUGCGCACUAUGUUGUCUGAUCCGGGUGCAGUUCCGAAAGGCAACGCAACCAAAGAGUACAUGGAAAGUUUGCAACUUAAGCCUGGUGAGGUUAUCUACAAGUGCCCAAAGUGCUGUAGCAUCAAGCCUGAAAGAGCACACCACUGCAGUAUUUGUAAACGAUGCAUCCGCAAAAUGGAUCACCAUUGCCCCUGGGUCAAUAACUGUGUGGGUGAAAAGAAUCAGAGAUUCUUUGUCCUUUUUACUAUGUACAUAGCAUUGAUUUCUGCUCAUGCGCUUGGCCUCAGUGGCAUGCACUUUUUCACAUGUAUUAAAGUACAGUGGAACGAGUGCAGUGAAUUCUCUCCAGGAGUCUCUGUGUUACUUCUGAUCUUCCUGUGUCUGGAAGCCGUUCUCUUCCUCACUUUUACUGCCGUCAUGUUUGGUACGCAGAUCCACUCAAUCUGCAAUGAUGAGACGGAGAUUGAACGUCUUAAAAAUGAGAAGCCCACCUGGGAGCGUCGCACCAGAUGGGACGGCAUGAAAGCAGUGUUUGGCGGUCCGCCCUCCUUGCUGUGGUGCAACCCCUUCACUGGGCUGCGUCUGCGUCGCCUGAAGCUCCUGACUCAAGCUCGCCGCCCCGGGUCUGAGUUUUCCGUCUGA